AGGGACCUAGGAGCGCCUGGCAGGGCGGGAGCUUGGGGCUGCAGGCAGCCUCGGUGGCCCGGGUCGCCUCAAACUCGGGGACCGGAUUGUGCUGCUUGAGACGCCCCUGCCUCGGCCACCCGAGAUAAGGCAGAUGGGAGAAGCCACCAAAAUAAAAUAGGGGAAAGUGGUCCAUAGACUGGGAAGGGUGAAGCAUUAUGAUGGUUUUAUGGGAAGGACAUGAAGAAGCUAUUCUGUGCAUGAUCAAAGCGCUAGUCCCUUCGCCUUGAGCCACAGAGAGAGCUGUGGGGGUCCAAGAAGAUGCUUUUAACACAUGGCAAGCUGUGGAGAGACCUCAGGAAGCAGAGGGGCCCUACCUUAGUUGCCCUGGCUGUGGAGGGGUCUCACUAAAUUGCCAAGUCUGGCCUUGAACUUGGCAUCAUCCUGCCUCAGCUCCUGAGUUACUGGGAAUACAGGUGAAGGGAGGACCCCAGACAAUGGCUGCUGCUCAUGAUUUGGAGAUGGAGAGUGUGAAUUUGAAUAUGGAGAGAGAGAACAAAGAAGAGCUGGAAGAAGAGAAAACUUGGGUAGAUGGGGGAGGAAAAGACCCCUCCAAGAAUAGAAAGGUCCACAGGAUCGUCUCAAAGUGGAUGCUUCCUGAGCCAGUCCGAAGAACAUACUUGGAGAGAGCUAACUGCUUCCCGCCCCCGUUGUUCAUCAUCUCCAUCAGCCUGGCGGAGCUGGCAGUGUUUAUUUAUUAUGCGGUGUGGAAACCUCAGAAACAGUGGAUCACCUUGGACAUAGGUAUCCUGGAGAGUCCCUUAAUCUACAGACCUGAGAAGAGAGAGGAAGCCUGGAGGUUUAUCUCAUACAUGCUGGUCCAUGCGGGAGUUCAGCACAUCGUAGGGAAUCUUUUAAUGCAGCUGGUUUUGGGUAUUCCCUUGGAAAUGGUCCACAAAGGCCUCCGAGUGGGGCUGGUAUACCUGGCAGGAGUGAUUGCAGGUUCCCUUGCCAGUUCCAUUUUUGAUCCACUCAGGUCUCUUGUGGGUGCUUCAGGAGGAGUCUAUGCCCUGAUGGGAGGUUAUUUUAUGAAUGUCCUAGUGAAUUUUCGAGAAAUGAUUCCUGUCUUUGGAAUUUUCAGAUUACUGGUCAUCGUUCUUAUAGUUGUGUCAGACAUGGGGUUUGCUCUCUACAGAAGGUUCUUUGUCCCUGAAAAUGGGUCUCCGGUGUCCUUUGCAGCUCACAUUGCAGGUGGAUUUGCUGGAAUGUCCAUUGGUUACACUGUGUUUAGCUGCUUUGAUAAAGCACUGCUGAAAGAUCCAAGGUUUUGGAUAGCAAUUGCUGCUUAUUUAGCUUGUGUUUUAUUUGCUGUAUUUUUCAACAUUUUCCUAUCCCCAGCAAACUGACCUGCCCCUAAUGUAAGCCCAAUAAUAAAAAUAGUCAUAUGGGGGAGAAAUGGAAAACUAUGAAGAAACAAAGAAGUUCCAGCAAAUGCUAACAGUUUUAUAAAGAGGAUAAAACAACACUCAGUUCAUCAGUUGCAAGCAAGGACUGCUUACAAAAGGACCUUCUGAUUAAAGGAAGGUCUUUCUGAAUGCCAAGAGCAGGAAGAGAAAGAAAGAAAGAAAGGAAAAAAAAAAAAAAAAAAAAGAGUAGCAAUAAAGACCAGAGAUUGAGUCUUUCCAGGCACAUGGUAUGCAUGGAUAUAUUCUAUAAGAGAACUGGCUCUCCUUGGAGAACAUAUUUUGGAGACUUUCUUAGAAUCCAUGAAUAUUGUACUAUGUGAAGAAUAAAAACUUUUCAUAUCUGUGUUAGA